AUGGUAAGAGUUAGUGUCUUCAAUAAUGCUUUUAAGAGCAUGUACAAUGCAGAGAAGCAAGGGAAGCAUCAGGUCAUAAUUCAACCAUCCUCCAAAGUCAUUAUUAAGUUUCUCUUAAUGAUGCAAAAGCAUGAAGCAAUGGCUAACUGUAUAGCAUCUGGAAAUGGCCUUCUGCCUCUUAGAGAAAGUAUGGAGCUUCCCGAGUGGACUGAUAUUGUGAAAACAGGUGUACUCAAAGAAUUGGCUCCAUAUGAUCCAGACUGCUUCCAUGGCAAGGAAAAUAUAUUUGGGGAGGGGGGGGUUAUUGGUGUGGGUGCCUUCCAGAGAAUUUACGGUGGGAGGUUUACCAGUUGUUCUGAAUCCUCUGAGCUGAUAAAAAUGGCUCCAAAGAAGAGCGCAAAAUUGCCGGCCGGAGUUUCCAAAAAAAAAGCGGAGAAGGUCGUGAAUCCUCUAUUCGAGAAGCGGUCGAAGCAAUUUGGAAUUGGUGGAGCUCUGCCGCCGAAGAAGGAUCUCCACCGAUUCGUGAAAUGGCCUCAAGUGGUGAGGAUUCAGCGCAAGAAGAUGAUUUUAAAGCAACGCCUUAAGGUCCCUCCUCCAAUUCACCAGUUCUCAAAAACCCUCGACAAGAACUUGGCAACCAGCUUGUUCAAGAUGCUUCUCAAAUACAGGCCUGAAGAUAGAGCUGAAAAGAAAGAGCGGCUUCUAAAAAGAGCUCAGGCUGAGGCUGAAGGAAAAACUCCUGAGGUUAAGAAGCCAAUUAUAGUGAAAUAUGGUCUCAACCAUGUCACCUAUUUGAUUGAGCAGAAUAAAGCUCAAUUAGUGGUCAUUGCACAUGAUGUCGACCCCAUUGAGUUGGUUGUAUGGCUUCCCGCAUUGUGCCGGAAAAUGGAAAUCCCUUACUGCAUAGUGAAGGGAAAGGCACGAUUGGGAACUAUUGUCCAUAAGAAGACGGCCUCUGUCUUGUGCUUAACCUCAGUUAAGAAUGAAGACAAGAUGGACUUCAGCAGAAUCUUGGAAGCUAUUAAGGCCAACUUCAAUGACAAAUAUGACGAGAAUAGGAAGAAGUGGGGUGGUGGGGUCAUGGGCUCAAAAUCCCAGGCCAAGACAAAAGCCAAAGAGAGACUCGUGGCCAAGGAGGCUGCACAGAGGAUGUCUUAG